UUCCGGAAAGGUGGGAGAGGAAGAUGGCGGCCACCCAGUCGGAGGGAGAUCCCCUCUUCGACGUGAAGAACAAUUUCUACAUCGGCAGCUUCCAGCAGUGCAUCAACGAGGCGCAGAAGAUCAAGCUCUCCAGACCAGAGAAGGAAGUUGAGAGAGAUGUGUUCCUGUACAGAGCUUACAUUGCACAGAGAAAAUAUGGCGUGGUAUUGGAUGAUAUCAAACCAAGCUCUUCCGCAGAAUUACAGGCUGUCAGAAUGUUUGCCGAAUAUUUAGCCAGUGAGGAACGAAGAGAUGGCAUCACGGCCGAACUGGACAAGAAAAUGGCAAAGAGUGUUGAUGUCAGCAACACCACCUUCCUCUUGAUGGCUGCCUCCAUAUAUUUACACGCGGAAAACACUGAUGCUGCGUUCCGUACACUGCACCAAGGGGACAGCCUGGAAUGCAUGGCAAUGUCCAUCCAGAUCUUCCUGAAGCUUGACAGGCUGGACCUGGCUCGGAAAGAGCUGAAGAAGAUGCAGGAGCAGGAUGAGGACGCGACUCUGACACAGCUAGGCACGGCCUGGGUCAACCUGGGAAUGGGUGGAGACCGGCUCCAAGACGCUUACUACAUCUUCCAAGAAAUGGCCGACAAGUACACAGCCACCCUGCUGCUCCUGAACGGCCAGGCAGCCUGUCACAUGGCACAGGGCAAGUGGGACGACGCGGAGGGAGUACUUCAGGAGGCGCUGGACAAGGACAGCAGCCACCCCGAGACUCUGAUCAACCUCAUUGUUCUCUCGCAGCACCUGGGAAAGGCUCCCGAGGUUAGCAAUCGCUACCUAUCUCAGCUGAAGGAUGGACACCGGACCCACCCAUUUGUAAAAGAAUACAUGGCCAAGGAACACGAAUUUGAUCGCUUGGUGCUACAGUAUGCUCCCAGUGCGUGAGAGGGUUCGGAGCGAAGACUGAACACUUCAGCCCUGUCUCUUCAACCUAUGAGCAGUGGGUCUAUCAGCAAUUGUCACCUUGCAAAAUUGUCGCCCGCCUGAGAUUCCCAUGUUAAUUAUUAUAAACUUUAUACCAAUUCUCUCCAGAGACCAAUUUGGAUGGUUAUACGUGAUAAAUCUUUACCAAUGAUGCAUUCCUAAUAAAAUUAUUGUCAGUGUG